AUGGCCGAGAUCCGGUACACAUGCAAGAGAACUGCGGUGAGCACGAAGCCCGUCCAGCCGGGGAAGCGCUUGCCCCUGUCGGUCCUCGACCGCCUGAUGGAGCCGAAGCACCUGAGGGUCGUGUACUACUACGGGUCCGACGGCCCUGCCAGGGAAGCCGGGGAACGGACCAGGACGCUGAGGGAGACCCUGGCGAGGACCCUCACGAGCUUUCCUAAAGCGACGGGGCGUCUGCAACGGGACAGCGAAGGGCGGUGGGAGAUCGACUGCAACGACGCAGGAGUGAGGGUGAUGGAGGCUCGCGCGAGAGGAAGCGUCGAGGAUUGGUUGCGGAAUGCUGGCAGGGAGGACGAGCUGAGGCUCGUCCACUGGGAGGAGAUGCUUGACACUCCAUAUUUUUGGUCCACCUUCUACGUUCAGAUGACUGAAUUUGAGGGAGGAGGGUUUGCUAUUGGAUUGAGCUGCAUCCAUCUCCUGGCUGAUCCAACCUGUGCCACCUUGUUCAUCAAGGCUUGGGCAGACAUGACUCUCAAUGCCCGACCGACUGCUCCUCCUCCGUCGUUCCGCGCGCUCCCGAAACGACGACCGAGCCACCGAAACGACCCCGACCGCCACAACUCAUUGAUCAACCAUUGCAAGUCCUCCAUCAACACCUCAAGCCUCACCCCUAGUGCAAAGUUCGGCACUCUCUCUCUUGCAUUCACCGAGCCCAUUGUCCGAUCAUGCAUCGCCAUGGCUCAGCCCGUGGACGCACCCGAUGGGCCAGGCCCGUCGCCGUUCGAGGCUCUGGCUGGGCUCUUUUGGGCCUGCAUAAGCAAGGUCAAGGGAGAAAGAGAGGGCCUUGUGAGCAUGUGUUUGGGCCUGGACGUGAGAAAACUCUUGGGUCUUGAAAGAGAGUUUUUUGGGAACUGUAUGGUGUACAAUAAUAGUCUCCAUGCUAGAGAUAAUGAGGAAGACAAUAGUUUACCAGGAGCAGCCAAGGCCAUAGGAGAGAUGAUGGCAAAGUUGGACAAGAAUGGGGUCAUGGAUUUAAUAGAGUGGUUAGAAAUUAAUGAUGAUACCGGACCCAAGAACACUAGAUCCUUGAACUUUUCCGAGCUACUAUUUCUUAAUCUGGAGGGCAUUGAACCUGAUACAGCCCGUUUUGAAGACACACAUGCACCAAUUCGGGUCUCUUGUUUUUUCGAGCCACCAUGCAAAGAAGGACAGGUCGUGAUCCUUCCUUCUACACCGAAAGAUGGGCCGAUGAGCCGGGUGGUCAUGGUGACACUUCCAGAGGAUGAACUAGUGAAGCUUAUGGAGCAUGAUCUUGUAAUGAGCUUGAUGGGACUGAACAAGAAUAGAGCCUGA